UCUCUCUCUCUUCUCUUCCAUGUGCACGCUCUUAACCCAAGUCGCCGCCGAGGAUCUCAAAACUCGGUGAUUCCGUGCGGCUUUUACUUUGAUUUGUAAUUUGGGGGAAAGGGGGAAGAGCAGGGUUUCGAAACCAGCGAUCAAAUCUUUUAGAUUUUGAUUUUUUAUCUUUUUUUUUUUUUUUUUUUUGGAUUCAUACAUCUCUGUUUGUGCGCUGCGCUCCAUUUGGCGUUACUUUGGGAAUUGCUUUUUGGAGGCUUUCUUAUUUCAAACAGUUUAAUAGAAAAGCUCUUGCUUUCAGGAAAAGACAAGCGAAUGGGUAAAAAUGGCUUCUUUUUUUGUUUUUUUUAAUCUUGAGAUUACUUGUUCUUCUUUCUAACCUCUUUCGAUGUAAGAUUAGGCUAAAAAGGGGAUUUUGUUAUGACCCCAUGUGGAUUCAAGGAGAAAGCCUCGCCAUUCUAUUGAUUUUUUUUCUGAUUUUUGGUUGAUUGAUUGUUUCAAUCGGAAAGAAACGCCUUAUUCGAAAUGGAUGUCGUCUUUAAUCGUAUGUCGUAUUGGUUAUUGGGCACAAAAGACCACGAAAUCACCAAUUCAGCUCUGAGUUCCUCCCCCGAUUUUCCCUCCGGAUUUCUCGAGCCCGAUUCCGUCAAAUUUGGACCGGUGAAUGGGUUUAGGGUUAGGUCUUCCUCGAGAAGAUUUAGGAGGGAGAGACGGGAGGAGAGGAGGGCGAGGAUUGAUAGAGAGUAUGAUGCCGUCAUUGUGCCCUCUGAUGGCGGAUGUCUUUCAGGAUCCGAGUCCGAUGAUUCAGAUUGGUCUAUUGGAUGGUUGGAGCCUCACGCAUCUGAUUUCCAGAGCGAAGCAGAUGAUGAUGAGAGCAGCUUUGCUGUUCUUGUCCCAUGCUAUGGACGCGGCCGCCACCUGAACAGUGAAUUACUGAAGAACCAUGUCCUGGGUGCUGUUAAUGAAUACAAUGGGUUUUCAUCUGAGGGCAUUGAGUAUGAAUACAUUCAAAGGUGGCUCUCUUCUGCUUAGGACAUCUGAUUCAUCUCUGAUUGCUAUGUUUGGUAAAUAAUUUCUAUGUUGGCGUUGAUAAUCAAAGAUUUUGCUGCAAAUUCUUGUGUAAAUAUGGGUGUACAUAUGGAAGCAUCAUCUGCUUAAUUCCUUCGCUGUAAAUAUGCGUCUUCUGAACUUACUGGCAUUGUUGUACAUAUGUAUGUAUAUAUAUAUAUAUUUUGCCAGUACAGUUAAUGAAUUGCAAUUAUUCUAAAGAAUGUUUUGUUGUAUUUUAUCUGUAACUUAUUUACUAAGAAAAGGAUCAAAGUAAUCAUUCAAUUAUUUAAUAGA